AUGGCGGAACCAAAAUAUGCCGCAACGAAAACUACAAAAAAUCUUGGAAAGUAUUGCGUUGCUGGUGCCCCAAAUAAUGAAAGUUGCAAGAACAACUCGACCACUCCCGGGAUAUCAAUGCAUGAAUUUCCAAAACCUGGUAAUCAACUGCGAAAUCUAUGGAUAAAGUUUGUCAGGCGACAUAGAAUGGCAGACUGGCAGCCUUCGCCUUACUCGUGCUUGUGUUCUGCACAUUUUGACCCACAAUCUUUCAUCAGCGACUUGACAUUUAACACAAACAGACUUAAAUGUUCUUGGAUCUUCAGGAUCAUAAGUUUGUUGGGUUAA